AAAAGUAUCUUGCCCAUGUUAUCGCCAAAUCAAAAAAAAGACAAGGUUAUUCGAUCCACAGACCUUGACGCAUUGGCGUGCAGGCUCAGCUGUGCCCAACAAGGGUACUUCCUUCCAAUGGACAACAACAUCUCCAAAUUGGUGGCAUCCUACUCUAAGUAUUUGCAGUUCUGCGAAGGCUACACAAACCUAUCAGCCAGCAGAACAUUCAGAAUGGCUUUCAACGACAGGAAAUUCCCCAUAAUAAACCGUGGAACGUAUCUUCGAACACAGCUGAUCAGUCAAAUCGUGGAAGAAUUCAUCAAGGAGUUUGGCACUUGCCAGAUCCUCUCUUUGGGAGGAGGUAGCGACACCAGAUGCUUCAAGUAUGUGUCACCGAAUGUGAAGUACUUGGAGAUUGAUUUCCCCGAGACCGCAAAGAUCAAGAAGUUGACGAUUUUGGGGGACAAUGGGCUCCGGGCGAUUGUCAAGUACGAGGGUGAAGAGCAUAUAGGUCUUGAUGUCACCACCCGAGACCAGUUCAACGACAUAGAGCCAGAUCUUCAUACGUCCAACUAUCACAUUAUCGGGUACGACUUGCGCAAACUCACCCAUUCGAGUGAAGUUCUCCAGUUUGUGGACUCGCUGCUUCCUACGCUAGUACUCAGUGAAUGCGUUUUAUGCUACGCGAGUCCUCAGGAAAAUGAGAACAUUAUCAACAUCUGGAGCAACUAUUUUGGAAGUACGUUGAUGUCACUCAUUGUUUAUGACCCCAUUUCGUUGAAGGAUGCCUUUGGUGCUCAAAUGGCCGAUAACCUCCAGAGGAGAGGCAUUAAUUUGCUCACGUUCAAUGCAUUUGCGACUGUCGAGUCGAAGUUGGAGUUUUUCCAUCAGCUCGGCUUGAAAAAUUCAAAGGUCACAGAUAUCAGCAGUGUUGGGGGCUACGAGUCAACGGGAGCAUGGUUUGAUGAAGAAGAGGUGAAAAGAAUCAGCAAGUUGGAAAUAAUUGAUGAAGUUGAGGAAAUCAAGCUUUUGUUUCUGCAUUAUUGUUUGCUUUAUGGAGAGAACCAGUCCUCUAGAUCUUUUAGGGCCAUCAAUAACUGGAGGUGGAAAUUGGAGUCAGACUGAAGCAGCAAAAAAUUAAUGGAGUUUGGUGCUGCAGGGCCAUUUUAUGAAUUUUAGUACGACAGCUGUAUAUAAUGAAUAUAAUGAAUUGAGACCCAACCCGUUA